CACGCACACCCACAACGCGCAUCAUCCGCUGCGCACACAGGACAGGCAGCAGCACCCGCAUCACCCCACACCGUGGGUAUCGAACAGUGAUCGUCGGGAUGGAUGCAACAAUUGUACUACCUCCAAGUCAUCUUUAAUUAACCCUAGUACAUUGCGAUUCUCCCCCCACCCACAGAAGAGGAAACCCGCAAACUCCACCGAAACUGCAUUGAAAUUUGACCAAAAACCAGGAUGUAAACGCUUGGCGCCGCUUUCGCUGAACAUCCAUUCAUCUGGCAUCAACACCUUUGACGUUCAUGUGUAUCGGGGGUGCAGUUCGGCGCAGAUAAGAGCUCCGUGGAGUGGUGCGUGGGGGGCAUCAAUCACGUGGCAACAUACAGCAGGGAACGCAACCAUCGCCUCGGUUGUGCGGGCGCGCCUUUUUGCAACGUGAUACCCUCCACUAAAAAAAAAAAAAAAAAAUCGGAUCCACCUACUUAGCAGCCACCCCGUUCAAGCCACAUGCAGUAAGUUGGAGACUUUUCAGCAACGCUCUCAUGGACAGCGCUCGUUUUUCUGUGAAUUAAGAUGGGCUUCAGCUGGGUGAAUUCCUUGUGGAUACUACACCAUGCAAGACUUACACGCACUCCAUAAUAACAUCCACGAAGGUGCAUCGUGAGUUUUUUUUUUAUAUGUGGGUCACUUCGGGUGGACGGACCCCCCCUUGCGUGUCCAGGAGAAAGAACAGGAAUUCACACAGAAGCUGUGGACCUAAGCGGACCUGAGGGCUCUGACAUAUACCAAAUCCCUGCCGAGGGGGACGCUGAAGAUUAAAACCUGUGAUUGCAAGCGGAGAGUGGACGAAGUAAUCGAAGGCAAAAAAAACCAAAACAACAAAAACCCCAAAACACAGCUUGUCUUUCACCUUUGUUCUUCCUGAUGCCCCAAGUGACGGCUCUCCAAAGGUAAGAGUGUGAGAAACAACAGACUUUGGUUCACAGGAUGUAGUGAGGAAGUGGAGGAUUACAUCCUUUUUGAAAGAGCCAAGCUCAUAUUAGACAUUAACUGUCUGAGAGAGUGGAGACAUGAGAGGAAGCCUUUCCUGUGCCAGCUGCUUGGAGAGCAAUUAACCCUCCGGCCAGCAUCAGCAAGUACCUGGCUUCUAUUUUGCUCAUACGGGCCGCCGUCAUGUUCCACCCCCCACCUUGCAGAGCGGAUCGGACUGGCUGCCAGCGACCGGGUGUUGUUCUCCUGUUGCUGCUCCUCGACAGCUCCCUCAAGGCCACUCAGGCCGCCAAACCCAAAGGUCCGGGCCACACACAUUUGAAUUCCAUUCGCAUUGACGGUGACAUAUCGUUAGGCGGACUCUUCCCGGUGCACGCCAGGGGCCACGACGGCAAGCCAUGUGGGGAGCUGAAGAAGGAAAAGGGUAUUCACAGACUGGAGGCCAUGCUCUUCGCUCUGGACCGCAUCAAUAACGACAAUAACCUGCUGCCAAAUAUUACGCUGGGGGCCCGGAUCCUGGACACGUGCUCGCGGGACACCCACGCCUUGGAGCAGUCACUCACCUUCGUGCAGGCGCUAAUCGAAAAAGAUGGCACGGAUGUCAAAUGUCUUGGCGGAGGGGCGCCCAUCAUCACCAAACCGGAGAGGGUGGUGGGGGUCAUCGGAGCGUCUUCCAGCUCUGUUUCCAUCAUGGUGGCCAACAUACUGAGGCUUUUUAAGAUCCCACAGGUGAGUUACGCCUCCACGGCUCCGGAGCUCAGCGACAACACACGCUACGACUUCUUCUCUCGGGUGGUGCCCCCAGACACGUACCAGGCACAGGCCAUGGUAGACAUCGUCAAAGCUAUGAGGUGGAACUACGUCUCCACAGUGGCCUCGGAGGGCAACUACGGUGAAAGCGGCGUUGAUGCGUUCAUUCAGAAGUCCCGGGAGGACGGGGGCGUAUGCAUCUCCCAGUCUGUGAAGAUUCCCCGUGAGCCCAAGCAGGGCGAGUUUGACAAGGUGAUCCGACGACUCCGCGAGAAUCCCAACGCAAGAGUGGUCAUUAUUUUUGCCAACGAAGAUGACAUCAGGCGGCUGCUGGACGCUGCUAAAAAGGCCAACCAGACGGGUCAUUUCAUCUGGGUGGGCUCAGACAGCUGGGGCUCCAAGAUCUCACCUGUUCUGCACCAAGAGGAGAUGGCAGAAGGAGCGGUCACCAUUCUCCCCAAGCGCCAGUCCAUCAGAGGCUUUGAUCGUUAUUUCAUCAGCCGGACACUGGAAAACAACAGACGGAAUAUCUGGUUUGCAGAAUUCUGGGAGAACAAUUUCAGCUGCAAACUGAGCCGUCAUGCUUUGAAGAAAGGGUCCGGACUCAAAAAGUGCACAAAUCAGGAGCGUAUCGGCAAGGACUCAAACUACGAGCAGGAGGGCAAAGUGCAGUUUGUAAUCGAUGCCGUCUACGCCAUGGCUCAUGCGCUACACAACAUGCACCAGGAGCUCUGCCCGGGCAAGGUGGGCCUGUGUGCUAAAAUGGACCCCAUCAACGGCACGCACCUUCUCAAGCACAUACGCCGCCUCAACUUUAAAGGUAUCGCAGGUAACCCAGUGCUCUUCAAUGAAAAUGGCGACGCCCCCGGUCGCUAUGAGAUCUACCAGUACCAGAUCCACAACCAAACAGCUGAAUACAAAAUCAUCGGUCACUGGACGGAUCAACUUCAUCUAAAUGUUCGUUCAAUGCAGUGGCCUGGCACCGUCCGCCAGAUCCCUUCAUCCAUCUGCAGCCCGCCCUGCCGUGCCGGUGAGCGCAAAAAGAUUGUGAAGGGCAUCCCUUGCUGCUGGCACUGCGAGCGAUGCGACGGCUAUCAGUACCAGGCGGACACUUUCACGUGCAAGAUGUGCCGCUUUGACCUGCGGCCCAACGAGAACCACACGGGCUGUGUUCCUAUCCCCAUCGUUAAGUUGGAGUGGAGCUCUCCGUGGGCGGUGAUCCCCGUGCUCAUCGCUGUGGUUGGCAUCAUGGCCACUCUCUUUGUGGUGGUCACCUUCAUUCGCUACAACGACACCCCCAUCGUGAAAGCAUCCGGACGAGAGCUCAGCUACGUGUUGCUGACCGGUAUCUUCCUCUGCUACGCCACCACCUUCCUGAUGAUUUCCACUCCUGAUGUGGGAAUCUGCUCCCUACGAAGGAUCUUUCUAGGUUUAGGCAUGAGCAUCAGUUAUGCCGCCCUGCUCACCAAAACCAACCGCAUUUACCGCAUCUUUGAUCAGGGCACCAUGUCUCUGAGUGCUCCCAGGUUCAUCUCCCCGGCAUCGCAGCUCAUCAUCACAUUCACCCUGGCAUCGGUGCAGCUGCUGGGUGUGUGCAUCUGGUUCGGCGUGGAUCCCUCUAAGGCCAUCAUUGAUUACGAGGAUCAGAGGACCUCUAAUCCGUCUCUGGCUCGCGGCGUGCUCAAGUGUGACAUCUCUGACCUCUCCCUCAUCUGCCUGCUGGGCUAUAGUAUGCUGCUAAUGGUCACCUGUACGGUCUACGCCAUCAAAACCAGAGGGGUACCAGAGACCUUCAAUGAGGCCAAACCCAUUGGUUUUACCAUGUAUACCACUUGCAUUAUCUGGCUCGCCUUCAUCCCCAUCUUCUUUGGCACCUCGCAGUCAACAGAAAAGGGUGAGAGCCACUUCAAGAUUCCCAUGAUGUACAUCCAAACGACCACGCUGACCAUCUCGGUGAGCCUGAGCGCCUCCGUGUCCCUCGGCCUGCUCUAUAUGCCCAAGGUCUACGUGGUGCUCUUCCACCCUGAGCAAAAUGUGCCCAAGCGUACACGCAGCCUCAAGGCUGUGGUUACAGCCGCAACCAUGUCUAACAAGUUCAACCCCAAGGCCGGACUCAGACCCAACGGAGAGGCCAAGACCGAGCUGUGCGAAAGCCUGGAGACACAAAGUAAGAGCUUGAAUGGUUUCUCAACAAAGCAGACGUACAUCAGCUACAGCAACCACGCCAUCUAAAGGAUGCCUUCAGAUCCAGUAAUGAGUUUUAAUUCAGGAUUCCCACUUGACCCACAGCAGGAGUGUUGGAAAAAUAGAUGGGGGAUGAAGGGAAUGUUUUCCAAACAUGGUGAGGAGCGGCCACAGGGAGGCACUCAUUGGGACCAAAAAAGGUUAUAAUGUAUCAUCUUCUGUUCCAAAUGACUCAAAAAGAAGAAAAAAUACUGCAUGACAGGACUGGAGACUUUUCUUUUUUUAAUUUUAUUUUAUUUUAUUUUUUUACAUUUGUCUUCUUGAGCAGCAAUGACUGACAAUGAGUUCCAAUCUAAAAUAUGUUCAGGUUGUUGUCAAUGUUGUCUGCCAGUUUUGCAUCACUAACAGGUGAUAAAUCAACACCAAAAAGACAUGGACGGGGUGGGAAGGGGGGGGGGGGGUUAUUCCGAAACAUGCCGGAUUCAGUGUCAUGCAGCGACAAAUCUAUAGUAGACUCCCACUGAUCUGGAUCAGGACUAACUGUCGGAUGGUGAAUUUUGUGCAUGAUAGUUUUAACAUCGUGUGUUGUUGUUGUUGACCAAAAAAAAAAAAAAAAACACGGAACAAAUAAAAAAAAAAAUCUAUAUAUUUGGAAUGCAUUUAAACUCUGUUGCAGCAUUGUUUGGGCGUCUUGUACGUUCUCCAAAAUGGUGACGGUGUAGUCAGUGUGCUUAAGUGAGGCCAUGGUUAUGUGUUACCAGCUACCCCCAAAGAGGUCACCACUGCCAUCUGCCCCAUCUGUGUGUGUGCCCGUGUUUCAUUCUACUCAAUUACUCUAUUGGCCGAGGGAUCUUUCCAGAAAGCCGUCACCUCAGUGUUUGAGUCUCCCAUCAUUGCCAGCAGCUAUUUCCUUGGACACAUUGGGGUGAAACCUCGCUGUACAGAUCCAUUAAGAGAGGGAAUUAAGAUGAAGUAUGCCCUUGAGAGCAUCUCGCUAUACACCCUGAAGGUGAUAUCCAUAUAUCCCUAAUUGAAAAGAUACUAAAAUUCAUUACUAUAGGCUCCACUUCCUCCCCCAGCACUCCUCUCGUGAUAAGGGUAAGGAAGUUAUAAGGCUUUUUCAGAUAUAUAUUUAAAAAAAUGCAACAGUAUCUCCAGCAAUCACUCGCUGCUUGUUGAGAAGAUGAAUAGCUGGCUUCAUGCAGUAUAAAAGCCAUCAGAUGUCUUAUGGGGGUGGGGAGCCGUUGUGGGGGUCAUUUUGUGUUGUGAGUUCAAUGCUGCUGACUUUUGUGUUGGAGAAUCCAAUGUGCUGGCUAAAUUAAAUGUGAUGAAAUCAAUUAGUGAUGUCUGCUUUCUGUCCCGACAUAUUCUACUACAAAAGAAAAUGUAUAUAACGUUAACAGUGCCUGGCUUAUCAGAUUUAUGUAUUUGUAAAAAAAAAAAAAAAAGAAAAAAAUAAGAAUGAAGUGUGUACGGCAUGUUUAUUUUUUUGAUACCAAAUUUUAUUUCUAUUAAAAUGUUUCCAAACUCUCAACUGUUGUUUUUUUCCCUGUCGGCGUUUUUCUAUGUGGAUAAUAAGACACAAAACACUUACCUGGAAGUGUAACCAUAGUCAGCUGGGAUAGGCUCCAGCAUACCCCCGCGACCCUAAUGAGGAUAAGCAAUAG